AUGGGUUUCGUAGAUCGGCUCCGGCCGUCCAAGGCGACGACCGUCAUCUACGCGCAAAGCAGCGAGACCAGCCCCAAUGCCUCCUCAGUCGACCAACCCAGCGUCAUCCACGAUGGCGAGCUCACCUACAACCGCGUCAAGGCCGGCAACGGCUCCGGCGUUGCCUACCAGGAGGCCGGCGGUGCCCCGGUCGAGAGCCGCUCGCCGCUGGGAUACCACGUCGGCUGGGUGACCAUCAUCUUUCUCAACAUUAAUCAGAUGAUUGGCACUGGUAUAUUCUCGACUCCGGGAAGCAUCCUCAGGUCGACCGGCUCCAUAGGCCUCGCCCUCAUCUACUGGGCCAUCGGCGCUCUCAUGGCCGUCGCCGGCUUCGGCACGUACCUCGAGCUCGCGAGUUACUUUCCCAACCGCAGCGGCUCGGAGGUAGUCUACCUUGAGCAGGCAUACCCGCGGCCGAAAUACCUUUUCCCCAUCGUGUUUGCUGUGCAGUCCGUCAUCCUUUCCUUCAGCAGCAGCAACGCCGUUGUGCUGUCGCAGUACGUCUGGCGCAUCGCCGGCAAAGUGCCGACCGACUGGGAGAUGAAGGGCGUCGCCAUUGCCGCCUACACGGCCGCCGUCAUCUGCGUUGUCGUGCAUAACCGCUACUCCCUCUGGGCCGUCAACGUGCUCGGCGCGUUCAAGAUUGCCACACUCGUCUUCAUCAGCAUCACCGGGUUCGUCGUCCUCGGCGGCCGCGUUCGCCGUGUCGCCGACCCUGGUGCCAACUUUACGAAUGCCUUUGCCGGAACCACGAACAACGGCAACGACCUAUCCAGCGCGCUCGUCAGCAUCGUCUUCUCCUACAGUGGCUACCAAAACGCUUUCAACGUCGUCAACGAGAUCAAGGAUCCGGUGCGCACCAUCAAGAAGCACGGCCUCAUCUCCGUCGCCAUCGUCUCCGUGCUGUACAUGCUCUGUAACAUUGCCUACUUCUCCGCUGUCGACAAGCAGGCCUUCAGCAAGUCCAAGGAGAUUGCCGCCGCCGUCUUCUUCACCCAGGUCUUUGGCCCCGGCGCCGCCGAGACGGUCCUCAACGUGCUCGUGCUGCUCAGCGCGUACGGCAACCUGUUGGCCGUGCUCAUCGGCCAGUCGCGCAUGAUUCGCGAGAUUGGGCGCCAGGGCGUGCUGCCGGGCACCAGCUUCUGGGUGUCGACGAAGCCGUUUGGCACGCCGAUCGGGCCGUACGCGCUGAAGUGGGCGAUGACGAUCCUCAUGAUUGUCGCACCGCCGGCCGGCGACGCGUUCCAGUUUGUCGUGAGCCUGCAGACCUACCCAUACAGCAUGUUCAUCUUUGCGAUGGCGAUUGGCGUCUUCAUCCUCCGUCGUCGCCGCAAGAAGAGCAACAUUCCCAAGUCGCAGUUCCAGGUAUGGGACGUGCUGCUCGUCUUCUUCACCCUGAUCCAAGUCUUCAUCCUGGCGAUGCCGUGGUGGCCCCCCAAGGGCGGCCCGUACGCCGGCGACGUGAGCUUUUGGUACGCCACGUACUGCGUCGUUGGCAUCGGCAUCAUGAUCGUAUGCGGACUGUACUAUGUCGCGUGGAUGUACGUGCUGCCCAAGUGGCUGGGGUACCGCGUGCGCGCGGAGAUCCUGACGGCGGAGGACGAGCCGACGGCGACGCAUAGGCUGGUCAAGGUGCCGGUGGCGGAGGUGGCCCGGUGGGAUGCGGAGCAUACCGAGGCGGGCGAGCUGCGACGGACGGGCACAACGACGGACUCUGAUAGUGUCAGGGACAAGACGUAG